CGACCAAGUCCGGCUGAGGCGAAUCCUCUCGCUGUUGGGCUGGCCUUGACGUUCUUGUCCGGUCAAGGAGCAGCAGCAGCAACGUGCGGUUCCACUGCCAAAUGCUGUCUUCCGCCCGAUCCUGCCGCUGACCAUUCGCUGCAAGUUCUGCGCACGUGGUCGCAGCAGCCCGUAGUACCUGGUCAACUGACAUGUGCAGCCAGCAGCAGGUUUCACGGCCUAAUGAAUACAGGUAAUGAUGGAUGAUGGAGGAAAGGAAGGGCGUGGGCGUGCGGGCGACGUCUGGGCUCAUUGGCUACUCGGCAAACUCAAAGCUCGACUCACGUGAGACUGAGGCUGACUGCGCCGAGCCGAGACCCUCCCCAUCGGACCUCUUGCGACGUGAUGCGAUUCGACGUUGCUCCGCGACCUUCGUCACCACUUCCAACGACAUCGACACAGGAAUCACCGUCUGCGCAUAUGGCGAACACCACCACCAUGUCCUGCGCCUGCUAGACGCUCUAUGCGUCUAGUAACGAGUCUUGCGACCCCCCGGCUUCCGAUUGAGGGAAGUGUACAUCAGGCAUAUCCGAGCUCCGCGACCACCACCAUUACCAUCCGCCGGCGGUGACCUGGCGUUCUACCCCGUCGCGAAAAGCUCCGAGCGAGAAGCUAGGAAUAUAUCCAGACGUGGCCGCUGUGUAGGCCAGCAGUCGACGCGGGUGGAGUAGCAGUGCGCGCGACGAUCGUGAAGAGCAGCUCGCGCUUUUCGAGCAGGCGGGCAAGAUGAAGUACCUACCAGUCCGCGAAAUUGACAUUGUUACGAAUGCGCUUAACUUCUCGACGCCAGAUACUCAUCUCAUAGGUGGGUGCGACAUGUAUACCACGAAGGCCGCAGGCGGCGACAAGAAGCUGUACAAGAACAUCGAGAAUAGCCUAGAAUCUCAAUAUGAGUCCCUGGUGAGACUCUCCGCAUCUCUGAGCCCUCCCCGCCACGCUCCUAGUGAUGAUGGACAUGGCAGCGAAAGGAUUGAAAGCAGGCGGCGCGGCUGCACGGUCGAAGCGCCCGAGAUUGACUUGUCGCGAGCUUCGCCAUUUGGUCCCUUGAGUCAAAUCACCGCGCGACGGACCUUUGCCUACCUCAUCGCAACUUUGAAUGCAUCACAUCCCGACUACGACUUUUCGCGUCUGCUUCGGCCCUCGGACUUUAACAAGCAGAGGAGCUUGAGAAGUAUGAUGCACAAACUAGACAGCACUCUGCAACACCUGCGACCGAGGCAGACCACGACUUCGAACUAUCUGGUGCCCUCAUCAUCGCUGUCGAGCUCGGCGCCGGGACCUGGUGGGAACGAUAUUUGGAACCAGAACAUGUGGCGCUUGAUUGAUAAGGAGAUGGGUUUGAGACAGUGCGAAAAGUAUACGUAUGAUCCGGAAGACGAUCCUUUCGAUGGCGACGAAGGCGCCAUCUGGAGUAUGCAUUACUUUUUCUUCAACAAAGAGAAGAAGCGGGUAUGCUACAUAUAUCUGCGCGCAUUCAGCGUCAUAUCACAUAGUCCUCUGCAGGCGGCGAUCACCCUCCAUCGGCCGAAGCCCGCAUCACGGAAGGUGUCGAGUCUUUCCGUGGGGGAAGGUGCAGAGAAGCGUGCAGCAUUCUGGUUGAGUAGCGAUAUGCUCAGGAGCAUUGACACCAUUAGCUAUGGGGAAGACGACGACGAUGAGAUGAUUGAGGUCCACGACGACGACGACGACGAAUCGGAAGUGCCCCCUUUUGAUCUGGAAGAUUUUCGCAAUGGUUUGAGCGAUGGCAGCUUCAGUUAUAGUGUCGACGAGUAUGCUGGUGAAAGUGACAACGAUUGGACCAGCAGAGAACUGAGGGACAUGAGCGAAGAAAUUGUCUCGAACAUGGAUAUGGAAGCAUGAAGUGAUGGUUAUGACAUCGAUUCAUUCCUUUGAGGGAAUUACGGAGUUUGUUCCUUUUGCAAGUGUUCUGAUGUAAUUAGGUGAGUUGUUCCCGUGCUGUAGCAAAUUGCUUCACAUAUCAACCAGAGCAUGAC